AGGGGAGGGCAGAGGGCAGGCGCGGGUAGCGGCGCGUGCGCGCGGAGAGGCGGUUGAGCGGAGCCGUUAGGAUGUCGCGUUACGGCCGCUAUGGAGGCGAGACCAAAGUGUACGUGGGGAACCUGGGUACGGGCGCGGGCAAAGGCGAGCUGGAGAGAGCCUUCAGCUACUAUGGGCCCCUGAGAACCGUGUGGAUCGCCAGGAACCCGCCAGGGUUUGCUUUCGUGGAAUUCGAAGACCCGAGGGAUGCUGAAGAUGCUGUCCGUGGACUGGAUGGGAAGGUGAUAUGUGGCUCCAGGGUCAGAGUAGAAGUUUCAACAGGGAUGCCCCGCCGCUCCCGUUACGACAGGCCUCCUGCGCGACGCCCCUUUGACCCUAAUGACAGAUGCUAUGAGUGUGGUGAGAAAGGCCACUAUGCUUACGAUUGUCACCGCUAUAGUCGCCGAAGAAGGAGCAGGUCCCGGUCUAGAUCUCGCUCAAGGUCCCGAGGAAGGAGGUACUCUCGGUCACGCAGUCGGAGUCGUGGUAGGAGGUCCAGGUCAGCUUCCUAUCGUAGGUCCCGGUCCGUGUCUCCUCGUAGGUCUAGGUCUGUGUCUCCCCGCCGGUCUCGAUCGGGUUCCUUGAAGAGAUCAAGGUCUAGAUCAAGAUCCAGAUCUAGAUCCAGAUCUGUUACAUGGCCCCGAAGCAGAUCUAGGUCUCAUGGCAGAUCAAAAUCUGGCUCUCUGGCUAAGAGUCGGUCAAAGUCCCGAUCACCAUCUCCAAAGAGAAGUCGUUCACCAUCAGGAAGCCCUCAAAGAAGUGCAAGUCCUGAAAGAAUGGAUUAAAGUUAUGAAGUUAAUCUUUUAGGAAGAAAGUUAUUUUGCUUACAUUAUUAUAAGGGAUUUUGUGGUGUCUUUGUAAAUGUAAGAAUGUAGAUAGGAGAGUAUAUCAACUAAAAUUUGGCAUGAUCUGGGUCUUCUGAGUUAGUCACGCCAAUAGACUAGCACAGGUCUCUUUUUAUUGUACGAAUUAACUUCCUGUGAUACGAAAUGUGGGAAUUUUUUAUUGGCACAUUGAAAUAAAAUGUGUAUUUUUAACUAAAACUUCCCUGUAGUAACCCUGCUGCUUCUGUUAACAUUUGGGUAAUUUUAGCUGUGUGCCAUGUAACAUGGAUGAAAAAUAACUAAUAAUCAGUGUCUUUUCAAACUAGUCAUUUUUCACAUUUAUUUUUGAAUAGUCUUUGGUGAAAGGAUCAGUUUCUGCUUUCUUUGCAAUCCAUCUCUGUCUGCAGAUGGCUAAAAAUUUGCAUAUGCCCCUUUUAUUUAUGAUAUUUAGCAGGAAUUAAUUUUUCUCCUUAAUCUAAUUAUUCCACAAAGCUUGCUCUCUGGUGCUUGACUACUUGUUAUACCAGAUACCCAGAAAUUUAGGAUGAAAUUUUAUUCAAAACACUGACAUAUUUUAAGCAAAUAACAUCUGCAGAAGCCUCUAAUGUAACAAAAAUCAUUAAUAACUUGACCAUUCCUACUUUCCCCUGUUGCAUUUUUAAAGUUAUUUAGGCUAUUAAUAUAAAGAAAAUCUCUUAAUGUCUCAAGGCAUGUUUCCCUUUUUGUGAGGGAAGAUGUAUGGGCUUCUGACCUACUUUCUGAUGAACCUUAGGAAAAUGUGUUUGAGAAGCAACAGAAAGCUGUUACUAGUCUUUCAGCAGCUCACUCAAACUUCCCUCUUAAAAGUGAAAGAUUCUCACAGCUGACCUGAGGCAUUUUAAUUUGCUUCACAGAAACUGGUAUGGUUUUUAAGCAACCCAGAUCCUGGAGACAAUUUGGUUGAAUUAAGGUAAUUUCUUACAGUAAAUACACACCUGCAGGAUUAAUUAUUUGUGUAUAAGUACCUCAAGCUCUGUGUUUGUCCUGAUUAUGUAGUAAAGAAUUGCAUGAUAAGGCACUUCAUUGACACAGAUCACAGCAAAAGACUGGAAACAAUGUUAGACUGUGAACAGACAGACUGGUAGGCAGAAGGGGAAAAAAGAUUUUAUCCAGCAGUUUCUGCAGUUAACAAGCAGUGAAAUGGAAAGUGAGGCCUCUCUGGCCUUCUUGUGAUACCUGUCAUGACUUUGCUUUUAAUGUCUAAACCACAGUAGAGCAUCUUAAAUGAAAAAAAAAAAUUCAGUCACACUUGGCUCACUCAUGAGUUUCAAAAUACAGGUUUCCUGUUACCAAUGACCUGAUGGAGCUUUUUCAGUGUAUGAGUCCAGACUCAACGUACUAUGGCGCUGCAGCAUUGUCUGGUCCUGUUAAUUAGUCCUAACAGCUAUGGUGCUUGGUGUCUGCCUGCACGCUCCCAUGGUGUGCCCAGCAAUGAGGAUCAGUGUCUCAUCUGCCAGGAGCAAUGAUCAAUAUUCUGGCAACAUCCAUGAAAUUUUACCAUUGCAGCACUGGGAGAGCAGGGGGGCGACACACAUUUUCCCCUGCUGUGAUUUAGCUGAAAUGCCUGAAACCUUUGACUUGUGUUUGAAGUAUUUAUUGAUUGUGCAUUGUCUGCCCGGUGUACAGCGUACCUAGUGAGAGGCACAUGUACACUGCUGCUCUGGAAUUUGAUCAGCUUUUUCUUUUCUGUACUCUUAGGCAAACCUACUCCACAAUAAACCUGCAGACUACAUGACA